UAUGUAAGAAACGAAAUUGCGGGAACUGAAAGCUACUAGCUAUGUCGUUCAUGGAUAAACUAUGAUAGAACGUGAAAGCCACUCUUCUAUAACGAGGUAGUUUUGAUAACUCGUGACAAAAAAGUCUGUUGUUCUUCAGUCAUGGAGUACGGAAAGGAAAGAGUGGUGGCGUUAGUGGACAUGGACUGUUUCUACGUGCAAGUGGAGCAGAGACUGAAUCCUACCCUAAAGAAAACGCCCUGCGUCGUGGCCCAGUACAAAACCUGGAAAGGAGGCGGGAUCAUUGCAGUGAGCUACGAGGCCCGGGUCCAUGGCGUGACGAAGAACAUGUGGGUGGAUGACGCGAAGAAACUGUGCCCAGAUCUCCAGGUGGCACGAGUGCGCGAGUCUCACGGCAAGGCGGACCUGACCCCUUACAGGGAGGCCAGCGUGGAAGUGAUCCAAGUCAUGUCUCGCUUUGCGGUAGUCGAGCGGGCCAGCAUUGACGAGGCCUACAUGGAUUUGACUGUGGCUGUCCAGCAGCGGCUGAAGGACAUGACGGACAAACAAAUAAAGCCUCACUUGCUCAAGACUACGUGCAUCCAAGGUUACCCUCACAAUUCAUCUGAAGGACACGAAGAAGCUGCCGAGAAUGCCAUUUUUGAUAAAGGUAAGCAGAGCUGUAAUUUGUCCUCGAUAAAGCUAGAAAUAUAUUUCAAUUCUACAGACCCACAAUCAUCUUUUAGGAAAGUACUCUGUCCGCAAAAAGUGUCUUGGGAGUGUUUAUUUACUCAUUGUAGGGAGUCAAACAAGGCGCGGUGUUGACGUCAUUGCGUCAACUAGGUUUUAUUAUGAGAACGGACAGAGAAAAGUCUUGGCCAACUCAGGUUUGACCUGUAAGGUGGGAAAGUAA